AUGAAUAAAGAAGAAGUUAAGGAUGAAGAAGAAGUUAAGAAAAGAAAAGAAGUUAAGGAUAAACAAGAAGUUAAGAAUGGGGAAAAAGUAAAGGAUGGAGAAGAAGAUAAGGUUAAAGAAGACGUUAAGAAAGGAGAAGAAGUUAAGGAUGGAAAAGACUAUAAGGCUAAAGAAAAUGUUAAGAAAGGAGAAGAAGCUAAUGAAAGAAAGAGAAUAAUACCCAAUGAAGAAGAAGUUAAGGAAGGAGAAAAAUUUAAGGAAGGAGAAAAAACUAAGGAUGGAGGAAAAGUUAAGGUAGGAGAAGAAGUUGAGGAUGAAGCAUAA